AUGAACCUCUCAGUAUCUGGAAAGACUAUGGAGAAUAUCCGUAAUCAUCGGAACAUAAAGCUAGUUACGAAUGAAGCCGCAUAUACGAAGCUGACCAUGCAACCAAACUUUAAAAGCGGCACAUGCUUUAGUAAGAAUCUCAUGGGUAUUGAAAUGGGUAGGACGGGUAUUAAGAUGAAUAAGCCGAUCUAUAUAGGUCAGGCUAUAUUGGAUAUGUCAAAGACCGUGAUAUAUAAAUUAUAUUACAACUAUGUGCAGCCAAAUUAUGGUAGUAAAAUACAACUAUGUUAUAUUGAUACGGACAGCUUCAUUUACCAUAUAAGGACAAAGGAUUUCUAUCGGGAUUUUUCCGAUGAUGUAGAGACACGUUUUGACACGAGUGCCUAUAGCAAAGAUGACAACAGACCCCUGCCUAUCGGGAAGAACAAGAAAGUUGUGGGCUUAAUGAAGGAUGAAUUAGGUGGUAAGAAAAUGACUUCCUUUAUUACUUUGAGACCUAAGGCUUAUGCAUACAAAGCCUUAAAAAAAGACGGUGGAGAUCGUAAGGCCAAAGGAGUGAAGAGGGCUGUGACCAAGAAAUGUAUAACGUUCGAAGAUUACGAGCAAUGUCUGAAUGAAGGUAUUGAUAUUAACAAAACUUGGCGUUGUAUUAAUAACAAAGGUCAUAAUUUAUACACCCAGGAAGUGAAUAAAAUUGCGCUUAAUGCCGCUGAUGACAAAAAGGAUCGUACAAGCUGA